AUGUCGUCAGUGAGGUUUGGGCGACAACAACCGCUUCCAAAGGGAAAAAAGACAAUACGACCUAAAAAGACAGCGCCUCCAAAGAAAGAAUGGGUGAGCACAGUAAACGACCUGUCUGUCCACAAACUAACGCCUGCAGAAGUGAACUAUAGACAUGAGAGGAUGAAGUCACACAAUACGGUUUCUGCUCAGUGGGAGCUCAGGGAGAAGGCUUUGAAGCGGCGGCUGAGACAUGGCAGCCCGUCACCAUUGGAUUCCACUAGUCUCAGCAUCAUCAGAGAGGUUCUCUCUGAUCAGAUGCUGCUGCAGGAUGUCCUCGCUCGAUCUGACAGAGCCAUGUCUGUUGUCAAGGACAUUUUUGGAGAUUCUCCCCGCAGACAGACUGGUCAUCCUAGUGUAACUAUGGCACCAAGCUGCAACUCGGACUCCCUGCUUCCUGUUUUUCAACGACCAGAUGCCCCCACUGAGCUUUCACAGCUUAGUCAGUCUAUGAUGGACCCACAGGCUCUAAAUGAGAUUAAGGAUUCUUCGGAGGAGGAUUGUGAUCCAAUUAAUUGCAGCAAUGAUGUCAUACAAAGAGCUAAUAUUCGGAAAAUCAAGUCAAGAACAACAGGCAAAGUGGUGAGGAAGCAGACGGGCAACAGUAUUCUAGUAACUCCAAAAGGAAAAGCUCCAGACAAAGAAGCUCUCAACGCCACUGUGGCAGUCCAGCGGAUCAGACGUUCACAGAGUCGAGAUUUGGAAUGCAAUGAUGGGGAAAUGAUAUCUCAAGUACUCAACCCGGGGCAUCCUUUGGGCAGCACUUUUACUUCAGUGAGAAAAACAAAGAAAUGUGCAGAUCGAAGCUCUGAGCUUGAUGGGUCUUCUUUUGCGUCUCUCAAUGGAGACCAGUCCAGUUUGGGUUUAUUGCAGUGCAUGCUGGGACAAGUGGAGGCAGACCUUGACUUCUGUAGCCCUGAUACAGUCCCGACCUCAGAUCAGUGCCCCAAGAGGACCAAAGGCCUCACUGGGUUUUCUGUGGCUUUAGUUUCAACUUUAGGCAGACUUGUGCACAUCUUAAAGCAGAAUAAAGCAGAGAGUCAGAAAGCUGCUGUGGAGAGGGCACGAAUAGAAGGACAAUUAACAAAGCAACACAACUUGAUUGAGGCAUUAAAGGCAGAAAAUACAGCUUUGAGAGAUGAUACUGCAGCCCUGCAGUCUUGUCUGCAGCAGAGGAUUUCAGAGAUUGAAGAGAAAGUAGACACAGUGGUGUUGGUGAUUGGUAGUACUGAGAUGCCUUGUAUCACAACACAGGAGCCUGACAUCCCAACAGCAAGUUUGACUCAAGCUGAGAGAGACCAAACACACACAACACCCGUAGUUCUGCCACCACUCCCUCAACAGACCACAGACAACUGGCCUCAUGUAGCAGGCACUCUUAUAACCCCUCAACCCCACUCAAACCUCAGGCUGACUUCCACAUCACCACGUUCGUCUGUGAGCUCCAAAGUGUCUGCAAAGGCCAUGAUGGCGGAGAUAGAACAGCUCAGCAGACAGAACGAGCUGAUCAAGGCUCAGCUCGCUCAGGCCAAAGGUCUGACAUCAAUGUCUGCAAACAGCAGUUACCUGGAGGAGACGCGUUUGAGCUGUGGUAGUACCGACUCGCCUCAGAAUGGAGCAGGGCGAAGGGACUCCAAGUCCACACAGCCUCCUGCAAGUGAACAGGCAGACACAAGUGUCCUCAAUAUGAGUAGUGUGGAACAGCGCCUCCUGGAGUUGAACAGACAAAGUGCAGCUGCCAGAACUCGAUUACUCGACAUAAUUGACCAACAACAACACAUGGCAUCGGUCAAACUGUCCCCGUCUGUGUCCCCUGCCCCUCACUCAGCUCUCGGUUUGGUCACGGAUCGUAGAGCUAGUUCAGAAAUCUCUGUGCUGCAGGAGCACAUGCUGCCAACAAAACAGUCUGCUUCUAAUGAACCAUCACCUUCUCAAAGUCUUAGAAGUGAAGGAGCAAAGGAUAUUCAGAGUUCACCAGAGGGUUGGUUUUCUCUGUCAACUCAUCUCAGAUGA